AAAAACCCUUCAGAUUUUGAAUCACACGCGAUGGAGCUGUUUCAAUUUAAUUUAUAUUGUGCUCAAGGAUGACGGCGGGUUCGUCUGCAGACACAGCUGUGAAAAGCGAAUUGAGAUAUCCAAAAUGCGUGUUUCUCAUUGCAUUUUAUGAAUUUUUUGAGCGUUUGUGCCGAAACGGCAUCCGAUCCGUCUUGUCUAUUUAUUUGGUUUACUCACUGGACUUCAGCGAAAACGCUGCGACCACUGUGUACCAUGCCUUCCUCGCCGUCUGCUUUUUCACUCCUAUUAUCGGCGGAAUCGUUGCCGACAGCUGGCUUGGCCGAUUCAAAACAAUCUUUGCUACCUCCUUCAUUUACGUUACGGGCAGUUUGCUUGUGUUAAUGUCGUCGUUUCCGUAUUUUGCCAGUGCUGCAAACGUUCUCACUUUCAUUGGAAUAACCUUGGUUGGUUUCGGAUCUGGGGUGGUUUCUCCCUGCGUCUCGGCCUUUGGCGGGGACCAAUUUGUGCUGCCCGAGCAGGAAAAAUAUCUGCAAAAGUAUUUCUCCGUUUUCUACGUUAUCAUGAGUUUCUCUGGUCUGUUGGCCACAAUCAUGUCUCCACUUUUGAGAUCCGACAUUCAAUGCUUUGGCGAGGACACCUGCUACCCCAUGUCGUUUGGCCUCGCAGCAAUUUUUAUGGUGGUCGCCGUUGUUGUUCUUAGUUUGGGUAUAAAGUCUUACAAACACAAGGCUCCUGAAGGAAACAUUGCCUUGGACGUCACGAAAUGUAUUUCUCAUGGUGUGGCAAUGAAAGUUAAAAACUGGCGACGAAAGGAGAAAAGGGACCACUGGCUUGACUUUGCGGACGAUAAAUUUGAUAAAAAACUAAUCGCAGACACAAAACUGAGUUUCAACAUUCUGACUUUGUUCGUGGCGGCGCCGCCGAUUUUCUGGGCCUUGUACGAUCAGAAGGGAUCUCGCUGGACGUUUCAAGCGACACGAAUGGACUGCGCUCUGGGCGAAUGGAACGUGAAACCUGACCAAAUGCAACUUUGGGGUCCGCUGCUCCUCGUCGUUCUUAUUCCCAUUUUCAAUACCGUCGUUUAUCCGCUCUUCAAAAAAAUGAAAAUUCUACAAAAACCGCUGACAAAAAUGACCGUUGGAGGGAUCCUGGGCGGAGUUGCGUUCGUUUUUUCGGCCGUGGUCGAGCUCACCAUCAAGCCGACCGACGCCGUGAUGCCCUCGCAAGGAGAGGCGCAGCUAAGGCUGUUCAACACCCUGGACUGUCCAAUCGUCAUUUCCUCUGAACCAGGUACGGCUGUUGAAAUCGACCCGUUUGAAAUCAGUCCUCUGGAGGCGUGGCAAAAUUUGCACAUCGCUGCCCAAAGCAACCAAACUUUUCAGAUCAGAGCCCAGCCUGCAAGUUCAUGCAAUCCUGCAUUGCUUGUGCAGGAUUUUAACGUUCACAUUUCUCCGAAUACGGCACAAAGUUAUGCUUUCCACGACGGAUUGGUAUCGGCGCCUCAAUUACAAUUUUCGGAAAAAUUCUUUGAAAGUCCAGAAAAGUCACAAAUCGGAAAUGGGAGAGUUAGGGUUCUGAUGAAUGCUGACUCAACGGGAGAAAUAUCUGUGAACUUUAUUGGCCGAUACAAAUAUACUUUCAUACUGAAUGGCGCAAUUGCAGUUUCUGAAAUCAGUGAACUGGUCGCAGACGAGUACAUAAUUGAACUGAAUGGGGCCACUAUAAGCACGACAAAAAUUAAAACCGGCGGCGUUUACACUUUCAUUGUCAACCAAGCAGUCUCCAGCACUGAGGUGGCCAAAUAUGAAAUCACACCAGAGAAUGCGGUCAAUGUGUUCUGGCUUGUGCCGCAAUAUUUUGCCAUCACCUCGGGAGAGAUUUUAUUUUCCAUUACUGGACUUGAAUUCGCAUUUACUCAGGCGCCCGAGAGCAUGAAGACGGUGAUCGUGGCUGGGUGGCUAAUUGCUGUGGCGUUUGGCAAUAUUAUAGUCAUAAUUGUGGCCGGUGCCCAACUAUUUGAAAAUUUGAUAUGGGAAUACGUCUUUUAUGCGGGGCUUAUGUUCGUGAGCAUAUUUAUUUUUGCUCUGCAGGCGAUGUACUACAAAAACGUGUCUUUAGAUGAACAAGGAACGGAGGAUAAAAGCGACCUCGAAAUUAAGGAAAAAGAGUGAAGCGUGUAAAUUUGUUAUGAUUAAAGAAUUGGCUGUAUUAAAUUUCAACAUGACAGUAAAAAAAUUGAUUGGAAAAAAAAUAAAAAGCCUUAA